GGAGGAGUUCCGGGGGCCAGGCGGCCGCCGCGAGUCGGCUAUCCGGAGCUUCGUGAGUUGAGCGCUGCUGCUCCGCGGUGGAGUCACCGCACCGCUCCCAGGAUCAUGGUGUUCUACUUCACCAGCAGCAGCGUUAAUUCAUCUGCCUACACUAUUUACAUGGGAAAAGAUAAAUAUGAAAAUGAAGAUCUGAUCAAGCAUGGCUGGCCUGAAGAUAUCUGGUUUCAUGUGGACAAACUCUCUUCGGCUCAUGUAUACCUUCGAUUACAUAAGGGAGAGAAUAUAGAAGACAUCCCAAAGGAAGUGCUGAUGGACUGUGCCCACCUUGUGAAGGCCAAUAGCAUUCAAGGCUGCAAGAUGAACAACGUUAAUGUGGUAUAUACGCCGUGGUCUAACCUGAAGAAAACAGCUGACAUGGAUGUGGGGCAGAUAGGCUUUCACAGGCAGAAGGAUGUAAAAAUUGUGACAGUGGAGAAGAAAGUAAAUGAGAUCCUGAACCGAUUAGAAAAGACCAAAGUCGAGCGGUUCCCAGACCUAGCAGCAGAGAAAGAAUGCAGAGAUCGUGAAGAGAGGAAUGAGAAAAAAGCCCAAAUUCAGGAAAUGAAAAAGAGAGAAAAAGAAGAAAUGAAGAAGAAGAGGGAAAUGGAUGAACUUAGGAGCUAUUCAUCACUAAUGAAAGUUGAAAAUAUGUCUUCAAAUCAGGAUGGCAAUGAUUCAGAUGAAUUCAUGUAAAAGGAGAAAAGGAGAAAAGGACCUUUGAAAGAUGUGAAUGUAGAGACAAUUGCAGACCUUUUGGUUUCAUCUGUGUUCUGAAGUAUAAAAUACAACCAAAAUUCUACCUUCAUCCUACCCAGAAAUUAUUGAUUUUCAAGUUUUAAAAAAAUUGUACCUUUUUUGCUGACAGAAAAGGAUCAGAUACGUAUAAAAUAGUUGAACUUGACAGCAUAUAACUUAAAGUGAAAAUGUUUUUGCCAGAACAUGUCUUGGUACCUUGUGAAAGCAGGCUGCCCUUGUUCUUGAGAUAGACUUUAAAAUGAACCAGCUCUGAAAAGUACUUCUGCUGCUCUGGUCUAUCCCUGAAAACAGAUGUCUUGAAACACUUUUCAUAUUCUUAAAAUAAUCUUCACUUCUGUUAAGAAGAACAUGUUGGUGGGUAAUUAUGCGAAUGUUUCCCUGUCCCUGAUUUCUCGAUUAGGCGUAUGGGUUUUGAAAAAGAGAUUUUUCAGAAGAUUGUCAGCUUCAGUAUUCAUGUUCCAUCUUGUCAUCUGGGUCUGUUAGCGUAGUGACCCUCAGCGCAGUCUGUCCAAGCGUUUACGUCCUUGCUUCCUCUGAGCAGAGGCCUCCAACUUAGUAUCAACAUAUUUAAAGAAAUUGAUGGUGUUCAUCAAGCUGGGGCCUGUGGCAGUUGUUGCCUGAGCACCAAGUAACCGAAGCCACCUAUGUGACAACUUCUGGGCCCAGGAGUAAUUUCUCAGCAUUGAGGGUAAAAUAGGAUGGAGUGCUCUGUUCAUCAUUUGGGAGAUGUAGGUUACCUGAUUUGUGCCUUAGGAUGCAGCGUGAAGCAGAAGUCCAUAUUGCAAUUAUGAUUUUAGAAGGAACUAAGCAUUUUACUCACACCCACAGCAGCAAGAAUGACCUCCUGCAGCAGAUAUUCCACCUGUAAUAGCACUUUGGAACUGUGGGCAAAACCAAAAGGCUAGUGUUUCCAUUUAUUCCACGUUGGUGUAUGGGGUUGAACUGGAAAAUUCCCUGAGGCAAAACUCACUGGCCAAAUUUUGAGAGGGUAUAGAAAAUGACUUUAGAGAUGAGUGGUUUUGUGUAUGUGUCUGAUGAUAUUCAGUCUGAUGUUCCGCAAUUUUAAAAGUUAUAAUAAAAUAUCAUUUUUUUUAUCUGGAA